UGUGUGUGUGUGUGUUUAGGGCGAGCAGCCAAUCCAAACUCUCCAUUUUAAAUCAUGUGAUGUUAAAAUCCGGAAAAACAACAGCAGUUCGGACUUUUGAUCCCAGUCUCUGUAUAAACUAUCCCUGCGAUUCCAGGUCAUUGCACAAUAGCUUUACUUUAGAAUAUGUUAAAUAAUAAUCUGUAAUGAAGUCGGCUCUGCUUCACGUAUCGGUGCCUUUUGUGGUCUGUGUCGCCUUGGCGAACACCAGCCUGUUCGACGAAGUUGAUGUGGACUUGUCUUCUGACCAUUAUGCAGAGAAAACGGUUGAUUCUCUGCCCGGUUUCUUGGCCAUGCCCUGUAACUGUCUGGUUAAUCUGACUUAUAUCUACAUGGGACUGUACUGGCUUUUGUGGCACAGAGGCGUCCAAGAAACGUACCAGGGCCGGUACAUGAGAGAGGUGUUCGCCUUCAUGGCUGUGUUGUACGGACCUGUGCAGUGGACACGCCUGGCGCUGCUACGGCGUGCUCCCGCCGUGCUCGACCAGUGGUUCACCCUACCGAUUUUUGCUUGGGUUCCUGUGUGGAUCAGCUUCGUAGAACGCGGGCCAGAGAAGUGGCGCGCAAUGCACGCGGCAGCGCAUGCACUGUUGUCCAUUCUCAGUUACGGCCUCGCGCUGGCGCACGAGCGGGGUUUCGAUUUGGCUCUGGGCUGUCACGUCAUCAUCGCGGUGUACAAGGGAGUUCGCGUGCAGCUGGCGCACGGGGACGGUCGCACGCGGGGCUAUCUGCUGUUGGCGGUGCUGUCAUGUGCAGGGUUCGUGGUGCUAAAGCUGCUGGAUCACUGGCUCGCUCGGUACCGGCUCUUUCAGCGGCUCACCGGACACUUCUGGUCCAAAGUGUGCGACGUGCUGCAGUUCCACUUCAGCUUCUGUUUCCUGACCACACUGACACAGAGGGCACAGGGAAAGACUGCAGCACAGCAAGAGUGAGAAACAACGAGAGGAGCCCUGGUGGUGUUGGAGAAGAAGAAACGUCAAGAGACAUUUUACGUUAAUCUCAGAUACAGAAUGUUUUGACUAUCAGGCCUGGCAGAUAGCAGUUUAGUGGGCUAUCAUAGCCUACCACCAACUAAUUCUCCAUCGGGUUGGAUUUGAUACACACAGCCUUGUCCAAAUAAUGACAUAGCGAGAAAGCAAAAUAAAACAAAAAAAUACUGAUUCAAUCCAACAUGGGACACAGACACAUGAAGAGAAAAGUACAAACUAAUGACCAAGGAGUUUUGCAUACAACUGAGGAACAGGAUAAAAAAAGUUCAAAUGAGUUACUUCCACAGUAGUCCUUACAAACCCAAAUAAAGAAACAGACCACUAAAUUUAUACAGUACAAACUCUAAUCAAUGUGCAGACAUAAUAGAUAGUAGUUAAUAGUUAUAUAUUACUCAAUAUGCAAAUUUAUUAAAAUAUGAAAUACAUUCACCCAUCUCUCCUCUUUCCAUUUUCUAUAAAAAAAUGUUUGCACCUACAAGAUUCAGAGUAUUUGACAUCAACAGGUAUACACUUCCAAAUGUUGGCCCCCACACACUGAAAGGAUUUAGAUCCAAAAGAAAUAUUUUUUGACUCUGCCUCAUUUAUACACUCAAACCCAUGUAAAUAUUCUGGUGCCUGGCCAUUUAGGCAUUUAUACAUGUAACCAUAAACCAUGAUUAAGAAUGUUUUAUAUUUAAAUUAGUUAUUUUUUUGUAAUCAAUGUAUUAAAACUUAUUUUGUCCAAUCUUACAAAUUGUACAAACACGACUGCUGUUGCUUAGAAAGACCAUACUGAUAGAAAGUACAUGAUACUGGUAAAACUACAUCUCAUCUGCUGCAUCUGAGUUUGAAUUUGUGUCUGAUCUAUAAAAAGUGACUUUCACAUUCACUGUAGCAAAUGCUGCUCAUGUCAUGUACUAAAUGUUUUGAUGUUUCUGUGAAUCUCACGUGACAGACCACAGAGAUGGAGCAUGUUCACAUUCCUCUGUUGUGAAGAACCAUUUGACAUGUGUAAAAUUCACACAUUUGCUUUUUGGACAAAAAAAUAAUAAUACAUGUCUGCAUAAAAAGAAUUCCAUGACCCACUUCACCAUGAUGGCUUUCCUUGACAGCAUAAUAAGUGAUUAAACCACUUCCUUACAUUGUUAAA